AUGUUGGACAAUCCGUAUCAAGUACUUGGCCUUUCUCAAGAUGCAUCUGAAAGUGAUAUCAAGAAAGCAUACCACAAGGAAGCUCUCAACUAUCACCCCGAUCGCCAGGCCAACAAGGAAAACAAGGACGAAGAUGCCAUUACAAAAUUUGCGGCGAUUAAAGAGGCUUAUGAAAUCUUGACCGAUCCUGUCAAGCGCUACGAUUGGCGACAGGCACACGAAAAUGGAAAACGAACAACUCCCAAAUCACCGCCAGAACCCGCUCGUGAACACGAGAAUGGCAAUGGAACACCCAGAACAUCAAGGGCACCUCCUCGUCGAGAGAAUGGUAACCGAAAUUCCGCCCCAGCAAAACCAGCGAAGGCCCCUUCUAGUCCCAGAGGCAGUGCCCGAUCGACAGCGCAAUCCAAUUCUGAUCAUGGCACAAAUCCGGUGUCCAACUCGAGCAAACGAGCCGAAUUCAUGGACAAGAAACAUCAGGCUCAAUAUGAAAGUACCAGAUCUUCCUUUGCUUCGCCAAUGAGUGCGAGACGAAAGCGACAGAGUCAUUCUCCGCCGCCAUCGACCAUACAUACCCCCAGGGCAUCCGUACGAUCGUCCUCAAGGCAUCAUACAAGUUCCUCUCCGGAAGGGCGGGGCAAGCGACGUGUGAGAUCGAAUAGUGCCAAUACUAGACGAGCCAACAAUGCCCAUCGCAUGUCCCAAACACCAUUCUCUGCAGCAGCGGCCGCCCCAAGAAGAACUAUUGGACGCAUGUCACGGCAUGAGAUGCCGCAACCGCCGCUUUCUUCAGGAGCCACCGCUCAGCAACGAAAGACUGUGGGACGGAUGCCACAUCAGAUGCCACAGCCGCCACUAUCAGCUUCAUCUCACCGAAUAUCGCUUGAAGUACCCCACGGUGCUCCUUGGCAAAACGUUACUAUGACAACCCCCAAAGGCCCGGUCUUGCGACAAUCUGUAAGGAGCAAAUCACCCCAGCCCGCUCCACGUGGCCAUAUGCCUGCACCUCCACUCCAUAGGGAUGUGCACCGUAGUCGCCAUUCGACCCACACUGCACCAGUGCGGAGGAACUCAUUGGAUCAUGGUACCCACGGUCGCCACAAGCACAGACCACCCAUGCGAAAGAGUUCGUUGGAUGGUUCCCCUCGGAAGGUCAACAAGAUCAGAGGAAAGUCCCAGCCUCCUCCUCCACCUCGAGAACGUUUCUUUGGAAUCAAGUUACCACAAUAG